CGGGGGACGGACGGUGUGGCUAAGGCUGCGGUGGAGGUGGCUGUUGACCCACUACUGUCUCAUUGGCCAAUUAUAGCGGCCUGGCUGCCUGGCACGGCGCCCCCACGGAGUUAUCCUCGGCAGAUCCCAAAACGGCAUGAUGUUGUUGUUUUCAGCUGUUGCUACACCAACGGCUUCCCCAUGAUGCUUGGAGACAGACCACUCGAUCGGGGGUUUUCGACUCACUAACACCAACGACUCUCCUCAGUAGUUCUAUAUGCUGCAGUCUGCCGUCUUCCGUUAUUAUAUCCUCAUUUCCUGGGUCUGAGAAACAAUUGUCGACGCAACAGACGGACGCUCCUUGUGUUCUACUGAACUGGUGCCGGGAUGGCUGGCUUUGGCUCUUGGAGUCCUCUGAGGGUCGCCAAAAGAUCCUCACGUCAACAAUAUUCAGAGCUCCCUGUCCGCCAUCACGAACGUUCGAGAGACGUCGAUCCCGAGAAACAGGCCCCGUCAGAUUCAGAUGAUUCUGAAGAUGAUUCCGACUACUCUUCCUCUUCAUCCUCGCCGCGGUCUUCACGAGAGACUUCGGACUCGUACUCCGCCUCUCGACCCAUUCUACGGAAGCCUUCAACAGGCCCGCGACGGCCUGCACCAUCGUCCUACAGGCUCCCCAAUAAGAUAGUGCGAUGCCUCUGCUGUGCCCUGAUCUCAACAAUUAUCAUAUUUUUGGUGACCUUGGUGCGGAUGAGUAUUGUCUCAUCGAGAAGAGUAGAGGUCGGGGAUCUUGGACAACGACCUCCGCCCCCUCCAGCUCCGUGGGAGUCUUUCGAGUUUCUGACGCGCUAUUAUGGAGGCAUUCGAACUUUAGUCCCUUUUGAAGAUAACAAACCAGAGUAUCCAUUAGCAAGGGAUGAGCCGGAAUUAUCCAACCAUACGUCAAUCGAGGCAGAUUCAAUACCGAUUCGAGAUAUCCCUGCCAGCAAACCAUUCCUUGCUUACACAAGUCACACUUCAGAAGAAUAUCUGUCCAAAUAUGCACCUGUGCAAGAAUGUUUUCUUGAUGCUGAAUCAAAAGUCAAGGUUCCAAACCUGCAAUAUUAUUACGGCAGACCCAGCGGAUUCCCCGAAAACGUCAUGGGGUCUUACGAUUUGCUGGGAUUACCAGAAGAUAUCUGCUUUGAGAGAUAUGGUAGGCUUGGACCCUAUGGCUUUGGAUAUGGGCUAGGAUAUGGAGGUACUGGGGCUGGCCAAUAUGGAGAAAAGGAAGGAUCAGAAGCUGUGUGGAAGACUACUUCGGGUGUCAAUCAAGUGGACUACAGAGGAGUCGACUGGGGAGCUGCACAGAAAAGAUGCUUUGCUGCAAAUGCUGCACGUUUUCAGCAGAAAGCCCCUGUUACUGAACUUCCUACGUCCGCUUCCGUUAUUGGAGACAAGGCCAUGGACAGGCGAGACGAAUCAGGCCGUGAUGGUGGGAAAGCAAGCCCCAGUGCCGUAACGAACCACAAACUUUUACCUCGGACUGCGGUUGUAAUACGCUCCUGGGAUGAGUUCGAGUAUAAGGAGGAGGAUAUUCUGCAUCUCAGAGCCAUGAUAUCGGAGCUGUCUCUCGGGUCUGGCGGAGAGUACGACGUACAUCUGUUGGUCCAAGUGAAGGAUGAGGCGAAACACCCAAUCUGGGCUGAUGAAGAGACAUACCAGCAGCACCUUCGGGAGUCUGUACCCGAGGAGUUUCAUGGGAUUACCACGCUGUGGAGCGAGACGCAGAUGCUCAUGUUGUACCAAGGCAUAUUUGAUACCUAUGCACGAGGCCCCAACCUACCAGUUCACGGCUCUUAUCGAGGACUCCAGAUGGCCAUGCAACAUUUUGCACACAAGCAUCCCGAGUACGAUUUCUUCUGGCACUGGGAAAUUGAUAUUCGCUACACUGGGCAUUAUUACAAUCUUUUCUCGCGGAUUAAUGAGUGGACUAAACAGCAACCUCGUAAAGGUCUGUGGGAGCGGAAUAGCAGAUUUUAUGUCCCAUCUGUUCAUGGCUCCUGGGAAGAUUUUAAGCAGAUGGUUCGAGUGCAGACCGAGAUGGGUACCGACAGUCCCAACAACAUGUGGUCUGGUCUCAACGGUGCCAAAACCCCAGCUGAUCGUCCCAAAACUGAUAAAUCAAUCUGGGGACCUGAGCGACCUCAGAACCCGGAGGACUGGUUCGAAAUAGAUGAAGACCCGGUGCCUCCCACUGGAUACGACAAGGAUAAGUACGUUUGGGGUGUCGGUGAGGAUGCUGAUCUUAUCACCUUCAACCCCCUCUUCGACCCCGAUGGAACGACCUGGCUCCUUGCCAACGAUAUCACCGGCUACAACACUACUGAAGGCCUUCCCCCACGGCGCGCAGCUAUCGUGACCUCCUCAAGGAUGUCAAGACGACUACUCACCACCAUGCAUCGCGAGACGACAUUCAAGAAGCACCAUGCCUUCUCGGAGAUGUGGCCUUCCACAACCGCCCUCCACCACGGCUACAAAGCAGUCUACGUUCCGCACCCAAUGUACGUGGAUCGGGAAUGGCCGACGGAGUAUCUCUCUAGUGUGAUGAAUGCCGGCCGGAACGGCGCCACUGGAGGGGCUCGAACAAGCGUCUUCGGGGAGAGGGAACAUAACCUCCUGGGCAUGACCUGGUACUACAAUGCCGGGUUCGCGCCGAAUCUGUGGAAGCGCUGGUUGGGCCUGAAGGUGAACAACGAGGGCGGAGAGCAAUUCGAGACGACGGUGGAUGAGGGAAGGAGCGGCCAGGGCGUUAAUGGAAUGAGAGGCGGCGAGGGCAGGAUGUGUCUACCGCCCAUGCUCAUCCACCCUGUCAAAGGGGUAGAGUUACCGGUGGAGGGCAUCCUCGAGGAGGAGGAGAUUCCAGAGAGUGAUCCGAACGCCUGAACUCGGGAUACCGCGUGUUGUUUAUGAAUGAUCUUGGGUCUUAAUGGAAGUGUUUGUUUUUUGGCGUCAUGAGCGAGAAAAGAAAUACGUUGUUGGCGUUUAAUGCGUCUAAGGACUUUUGGUCUUGUCUCCAGUGUUUGGAAGCCUUUUAUCGUCAUCACUAGGCGGGUUGUCAAUAAUAGAGUACCCUAUACAUUAUUAUGCUAUGAUAUGAUAUUGAUACAGAACCCAUUUUCAGAGCCUUUUUGUUUCUUUAUUCCCCUUUUUUUUUGGCCAAAUAUCCCCCUAUCGUACAAUCGUCUCAUCAUGCAGCAGCUGCUGCUGCAUCUAUACCUUAUCCUCC